AUGAAUACUUUACAUCUCUCCAGUUUCAUUCUACACUUGCUACACACGGUCGCGUCUGAAGAAGCUUUUCGUGCAAGUAAUUCAGGUGUUUUCUCGUUUGGAAACUUCUUUUCUCACAAAGACCACAAGCUUGUUGCAGCGAAACUGAAGGAGGAAAAAGUCGAAUCUUCUGAUAAAUGCCUAGUUCGAUGCGUCCAAACUCACGGAUGUUUAUCUGUCAAUGUGAACCGCACAACUGGUGAUGACCAAGGCUUAUAUGUGUGUGAGCUCUUGGCUUCUGACAAAUAUGAAAACCAGUCAAAUUUUACACCAAGCAAAGGGAUUAAUCACUACAGCAUUGUGAGUCCAUGUGAGAAGAAACCAUGCAAGCAUCAAGGAAAGUGUGUUCCAAUCUAUAAAAACCAGACCUACAAAUGUGAAUGUCCAGCAGGCACACUGGGACAAGACUGUGAGAUACUUAUACCAGUUUUCCGCAGCUGCGCACAGCGAUUUGCCGCUGGCUACACGAACAGCGGUGUCUACGAAAUCACUACCCCAAACACAAGCAAGAUUGACGUAUACUGUGACCAUGGAAACGGUCUGCAAGUUCGUCAAUUAGCCCGCCUGGAGGGAAUGCUACGCUUAAGACAAUGA